GGAUGAUGACACUAGCUGUGAUCAAGACUAGCACAAAACAAAAUGGCUACCUUAAAAGAAAUUGUGGGUUUGUACCAAAACUUAAAACGUGAAUUUGACAGAAAGCCUCCUAAUUUAGACAGAUGUGGUGAAUUUUUGACAAAGCUAAAGGUUGCGCUCACUUCGGUAACAUUUUUGCCAACAGAUGAGUCAAAUCCAUCAAAACAGGAACUUCUAAUUGCAAGAGAUGUUCUUGAAAUAGGAGCACAGUGGGCUAUUGCCAAACGAGAUAUACCUGCUUUUGAGCGAUACAUGGCUCAACUCAAAUGUUACUACAUGGAUUACAAGGACAAUUUGCCAGAAUCAGCAUACAAACACCAGCUUCUGGGAUUAAAUUUGUUGUGUCUGCUAUCACAGAACAGACUUGCAGAAUUUCACACAGAGCUUGAACUUUUACCAGUGAAGGAAAUUCAGACAAACAUUUAUAUAAAGCACCCUGUGUCCAUGGAGCAGUAUUUGAUGGAAGGAAGUUAUAACAAGGUGUUUUUAGCCAGAGGAAAUGUUCCAGCAGAAAAUUACAACUUUUUCAUAGAUAUUCUUCUCAAUACUAUCAGAGAUGAAAUUGCCUUAUGUAUAGAGAAAGCCUAUGAAAGAAUAGCCUUGAGUGAAGCUGCCAGAAUGUUAUUUUUUGAAAUGCAAAAACCCAUGAGGGAAUAUGCAUUACAGAGGAAGUGGAGCACAGGAGCUGAUAAUUUCUUUUCAUUCAACCAAGAACCAAAAGACACUGACGAAGUGAUACCAGCUAAAUUGCUCGCUGAACAGACAAUAGAAUAUGCCAGACAACUGGAGAUGAUUGUGUAGUAUACUGGAUUAUGGACACUUGAUUAUCAUGCUAGUGUGAUGUUCUUGAACAAAAUCUAAGUUGAUAUGCAGAGACAUUUUGUUAAAAAGAAGAAUAAAAAAACCUUGUAAAACUUAUUCUUGGAGUAUCACUGCACAUGAUAUCCUUUUGUUUAAAUCUUCAAGCCAGUCAGUUUUGAAAAUUUACAUUUGUUUUUUUAUCAGUAGAAAGGUAACUUUGUGGUGUUAUAGCAAUGAUGGUGGAAAUGACUGUGCAUUGUCAGUUUGAUACUCUGACAGUCUUUAUAUGCUUUGUCAGUCAUCUGGUAUAAAAGACUCGGCAGAACCUUUUGUUUAUGAAUAAAGAAAAUGAUGUCUA